GGCAGGGUAUGGGUUCACCCUCUCUGGCCAGGGCCCCUGUGUCCUCAACUGCAUUCUAAAAGGAAGUCCGGCGGACUACGUGGGUCUCCGCUCCGGUGACCACAUCCUGUCCGUGAACGACAUAAACGUCUCCAAGGCUUCGCACGAGGACGUCGUCAAGCUGAUUGGACGAUGCACGGGGGUUCUGCACCUGGUCGUCGCCGAGGGAGACCGGGGAGGCCGUCGUCACGGACACGGUGGUACCAACCGCAACCGUCGCCACGGAAACAAUUCAGGAAGUCCAGCCGGAGGAGCGGCAGCUGCCGCGGACUCGUGCUCCAGCGACGAGGAGUUGUGUGGUUUCCAUAACAGCAGCAGCGGAGGCGGAAACAACAAAAACGUGAAGCCCGGUUCUCGUGGUAACAGUGCCAGCGGUGGUGGUGGUGGAGGAGGGGACGGAGGGGGUGGUGGUUGGUUCAAGCCCAAGCUGGACUCUAAGACCCUGGGUAUUAACAGGGCAGAGAGGGUGGUGGCGGAGAUGCAGUCUGGAGGAAUAUUUAACAUGAUCUUUGACAACUCUUCACACUCCUCCAGCAGCUCAGAGAAAGACAGGGUCAUCGCUCCUCCUCCUCCUCUCCGUGCCUCCUCUUCCUCGUCUGCGUCGGCCAAGCCUGUGAGGCCCCUGUCAGAGCCAGAGUUCCCCCCAUACCAUAAGGGCCGGGGCCGGUCCCACAGCAACCCGAACCUGCUCUCUGAGGAGGAGAUGGACAGGGUUCUAAUGUCCGACGACUCAGUGUUCCUGGACGGGUUCCAUCUGCAGGAGACAGAGCUCCAGGUGGAGGUGGAAGGGGAGGACUUCUGCCUGGAGCCCAGUGAGGGUAUCCUGAACGUGGGUAUGAUGGUAGGGUACCUGGGCUCCAUAGAGCUGGCCUCUACAGGAGCUAGUCUGGAGAGUGACAGUCUGCAGGCCAUCAGAGGAAGCAUGAGACGACUCAGGGCUGAACAGAAGAUACACUCCCUGGUCCUCAUGAAGGUGAUGCACGAUUGUGUGCGGCUGUGCAGUGACAGGAGACAGGUCCUUGCUACCUACCCUGCCGAGAAGCUAGCCUUCAGCGCCUGUUGCCCCGACGACCGACGCUUCUUCGGACUGGUCACCAUGCAGGCCACCCAUGACGACGACGGUCACUAUGGCAAUGGUAACCGGGAGGAAGAGGGCGGGCUGAGGACUUCCUGUCACGUGUUCAUAGUCGACCCGGAACUCUGCCAUCACCAGUUCCAUGUGGGUGUGGCCAGGAGGUUUGGGUUUGAGUGUACUCCUGACCCUGACACAGGAGGGUGUCUGGAGUUCCCCCCUACCUCCCAGCCUCUGCUCCAGUUUGUGUCUGUCCUCUACCGGGACAUGGGGGAGAACAUUGAGGGGGUCCGGGCGCGGGCGUUCGUUGAUCCGGACAACGACCCACAGCAGAACCACAGCACCAGUAGCAACAGCGACAGCGGCAUCGGUAACUUCCUGCCAGAAGAGAAGAGUAACCGUGUCUUAUUGGUUGACCUGGGAGGCCAUAAUCACAACCCCGGUCCACGCCACUGGGACAGCCCUCCUCCUCCCUCGGCCCCGGGCUGGAACCAAGUCCCUCCCGGUGUCGUCCCUGGCCCCCCUCUCCCCCCUCCUCCUCCCCCUCGAGGGCCCCACUCCUCCCACCCCUCACUCCACCACUACCCGCCAGGGAAGAGGGGAGGUAGAGGGGGAGGACCUGGAGGAGGAGGAGGAGUGGAGCAGAGCCUGGCCCAGCCCCAACACCAUCAGUCUCAACGCUGGUUACCAGUCCAUGUCCUAAGAGACUGGAGACAACCAGGCCAGGCAGGACAAACACAGGGACAAGGAGGGCUGUGUAGUGAUCAGGAGUCCUAUGCUGAGUCAACAGAUGGCUGGUCAUCAGCUAACUGUAGCACCCUCCCUCCACCCAUGAACAAGAUACCUGCGGAUCGCUACAGGGCUCCUCUACCAGCCGGGGACCUGCCCCUGCCUCCACAGCCUCCCAGGCUGGCCACGCAGAAGGAUGAGUGGGCUAAGAAGCUGUUUGGGCCUGGCGCCGCGGCUGGAGAGAAAGGACUCAGAGAGCCCAAGCAGAAUGGGAAGAGACGUGGAAAUGGGAAAGACGGGGAGAAAAAGGCUGGUCGGUUUAGAGGUCUGACUAAGGGCUUCCCUCCUCUACCUCAGCGCUCCUCAGGAAGGCGAUCCUUCGGCCGCUCCAAACGCAUCAGCCUGGCACGCUCACUGGAUGACCUGGAGUCUGCCGUGGUCUCUGAUGGAGAGCUGAACAGUGUAGACCUACAGGGCUGUGGUAGUGACAACAGUCUGAACAGUAAUGCCAGUCUACCCAGUGUCCAGUGCCAUCGACGUCACACAGAGAGACGGGUGGCCAGCUGGGCGGUCUGCUUUGAGAGACUGCUGCAGGACCCGGUCGGAGUCAGAUACUUCUCAGAGUUCCUGAAGAAGGAGUUUAGUGAGGAGAACAUUGUGUUCUGGCAGGCCUGUGAGUUCUUCAGCCAUGUCCCCGACAACGACAAGAAACAGUUAUCCCAGAGAGCUAGAGAGAUCUAUAACAGUUAUUUGUCCAGUAAGGCCACUACGCCGGUCAACAUUGACAGUCAGGCCCAGCUGGCAGACGAUAUUCUCAACGCUCCCAGACCAGACAUGUUUAAGGAACAACAACUACAGAUCUUCAACCUGAUGAAGUUUGACAGCUAUACUCGCUUCCUGAAGUCCCUCCUGUAUCAGGAAUGUAUGUUAGCUGAGGUGGAGGGGAGGCCUCUACCAGACCCCUACCAUAUACCCAGCUCUCCUACCUCCAAACACAGUACCGGGUCGGAUAGAUCCACACCCAAGAAGGAGGACAAGAAGACUAAGUCUGUCCGCUCUCUGAACGAAGAGAGAGAGAGGGAUGAGUGCGGAGGAGAGAAGAAGAAAGGGAUGUUCUUUUCCUGGUCACGGAAUCGGAGCUUCGGGAAAGGACCCAAGAAACGGGAUCUGGCCGACAUCAACUACAACUUCUCGGGCAGUAACGGGCGUCGGGAAUCACAAGGCUCUCUGUCAUCCGGAGCCAGUCUGGAACUGGGAACGUCCGGAUCUGGAAAGAACGAGGGUGGUUCUAUGGAGAGAGACAGAGAGCGAGGCGUUGACUCUUUAACCCUGAGACAGUGUAACAUCAACCUACCAGAUGGGACAUGUUGCUCUGUGCCGGUCAGAGCUGGGUUCUCCAUCAGAGAGCUGUUACUGGGUCUCUGUGAGAAACUCUGUAUCAACGUGGCAGCUGUAGACCUCUUCCUGGUGGGGGGGGAGAAGCCUCUGGUUCUGGAUCAGGACUGUAUGACUCUGUGCUCUCGGGACCUCAGACUAGAGAAACGGACUCUGUUCAGACUGGACUUGGUUCCUAUAAACAGGUCAGUGGGUCUGAAGGCUAAGCCCACUAAGCCGGUGACGGAGGUUCUGAGACCUGUAGUGGCCAAGUACGGCCUCCAGCUGAACGACCUGGUGGCCCGCAUCAGUGGGGAGAAGGAGCCUCUUGACCUGGGUCUCCCCAUCUCUAACCUGGAUGGACUGAGAGUGGUCCUGGAUGUAGCUGACAACACACCUGGGAAGGACAAACAGAUAGUGGCUCUGUCUAAAACCCAUGCCCCGGCCCCUACGACCAGGAACCAAUCAGCUACGGGGGAUGAGAGGGCGUCAGGGAAGCCCAGCGCGGUGCUCGGCAACGGGAACAAGCCCUCCUCCUCUGCCCGUGACGACCGCCACUUACCCAGCAGCCACCACAAGACGGCGGCGCCAAAUAAAGCCCCGCCCACUGAAAAGAGAAAGCAGAAAAAGAUUAAUGUAGACGAAGCUGAAGAGCUCUUCCAGCUCAUAUCCAAAGCUCAGUGCAACAGAGCAGACGACCAGCGAGGUCUGUUAGACAAGACUGACCUGAUUCUCCCUGACUUCCUCCGCCUCAGCCCAUCGUCAUCACCCCUUCCUCCUCCUCUUCCUCCCGCCUGCUUCACCCAGCAUGGCCGCGGCGGUGGUAACCAUGACAAUAGUGACAACUACGGCUACAAGGAAAACAGACGUCACGGCAACAAGGAGAAUGAUGGUGGAGGCGGUGGCUCCGUCCCUUUGAACACCAGCAGCCAAUCGCAGAGCUUGGACUCCUCGCUCGGAACGGGAGGGGGGAGGGGGAAGACGAGCGCUCCUCCCCCCCUCCCACCUCAACAGACCCCCUCCCCCGUUCCCCGGCACCCUGUCCACAGUCCACCCCCCCCUCCCAGGGGCAGCACCACCUACGGGGUCUCCCCAGCCCAGACUGCAGGGGCGGGGAGUCAGUCCAGAGGUUACAAGAAGAACCUCUAGCUGACCUGACCCUGGUGGGAGAAGGGGACAUCAACAGUCCUAACUCCACUCUCUUAACCCCCCACCACUCCUCCUCCACUACCCAUAACCCACCACGCUUCUCCCAACACGACCUCCGCGGCUCGCCCUGCUCAGGUACCUCCCCUGUGUGAACUCUGAACCGUGGCCUUUCACCUUCGAACUGCGUUUGACCUCUGAACUAUCCUCUCCUCUCUCCAAGGUCUCCUGAAAUGGAACCCUAUUCCCUAUAUAGUGCACUACCCCUAAGGCUCUGGUCGAAAGUAGCGCUAUAUAGGGAAUAUGGUUCCAUUUGGGACUCCCAGUCUCUGGGAGGUGAAGUUAACCCCUCCAGACACUGAUCUAAGUUCUGUUAUCUGUUCUGAUGAUACAUCUAGAGGAUGUGGUUCAGGGGACAGCAACACUGAUCUAAGGUCUGUUAUCUGUUCUGAUGAUACAUCUAGAGGAUGUGGUUCAGGGGACAGCAACACUGAUCUAAGGUCUGUUAUCUGUUCUGAUGAUACAUCUAGAGGAUGUGGUUCAGGGGACAGCAACACUGAUCUAAGGUCUGUUAUCUGUUCUGAUGAUACAUCUAGAGGAUGUGGUUCAGGGGACAGCAACACUGAUCUAAGGUCUGUUAUCUGUUCUGAUGAUACAUCUAGAGGAUGUGGUUCAGGGGACAGCAACACUGAUCUAAGGUCUGUUAUCUGUUCUGAUGAUACAUCUAGAGGAUGUGGUUCAGGGGACAGCAACACUGAUCUAAGGUCUGUUAUCUGUUCUGAUGAUACAUCUAGAGGAUGUGGUUCAGGGGACAGCAACACUGAUCUAAGGUCUGUUAUCUGUUCUGAUGAUACAUCUAGAGGAUGUGGUUCAGGGGACAGCAACACUGAUCUAAGGUCUGUUAUCUGUUCUGAUGAUACAUCUAGAGGAUGUGGUUCAGGGGACAGCAACACUGAUCUAAGGUCUGUUAUCUGUUCUGAUGAUACAUCUAGAGGAUGUGGUUCAGGGGACAGCAACACUGAUCUAAGGUCUGUUAUCUGUUCUGAUGAUACAUCUAGAGGAUGUGGUUCAGGGGACAGCAACACUGAUCCUAGAUCUGUACCUAGGGGGUCCGCUUCUCCUUCUGCAUGUGAAAUUGUAUUUUUUUGAAGUGGACUUGUUGCUGUGGAAACCAGUGCCUAACUUUACCCCCCUCCCAACCCUACACCCUCGGCCGUCUUCAACCCUCCAAUGUACAGAUUGUAAUAAUGCACUUUAGCUGCUUUGUAUAUCUAAACAUUGAUUUUAUUUCUUUGUUGUGUACAACUAACCUGGAUAUCAGCCCUAGAUGGAUGUUAUGUCUUUUACCACUCAGCUGAAGAGAAAUCACCUUCACUACAAUGUGUGUUCCUCUGUCUGUCUGUCUGUCUGUCUGUCUGUCUGUCUGUCUGUCUGUCUGUCUGUCUGUCUGUCUGUCUGUCUGUCUGUCUGUCUGUUCUGACUACACUACAAUAACCCUCCACGUCUGUACUUUGGACUGAAAACCUGGAAGAACACUCUCCCUCUCUCUCUUCCUAUACAAAAACAAUUCAACAAAGUUUCAAGCUGACUUGUCUUCUAACAAUCACCAGGCUUUUUACUUUUUAUUUAGAAUUCUCAUCUAGUUUAUCAUCCUGUAAUAUAUUCCUGAGAAUACAUUCAUUUAUCCUGAGUUGUUGUUAUUAUUUUUUUUAUUUUUUAUUAGUGUAUCAUGUUAAAGAGUACUAAUUGUGUAUAAAUACCAGUUUAACAGUGUGUUUUUUAAAAACUCUUUAUUAUCUAGUCAUUGUUCCAUCAACUUCCUAUCAUUCUGUUAUGAUGACGUCACAAUACAAGUGUUCUAUUCUGUUGUUCCACUUCCAUUGGAUUGUUCUAUGAACUAUGACCUCCUGUACAUAGACAUAAUAAAUAUUAUACUACUGA